ACUCAAAAAUCUAAUGUUAAUUAUUAUAAAACUUCUUGCUUGGCUGCCCACAGGACUCAUGAGAGAGAGAUGGGUACAUUGUUUUAUUCCUGGUUUAUUGUUGUUUUUAAUUUUCCAUGUCUUUUUCUAGGAUAUCUUCCUUCUUUAUUGGUUAUGGUGUUUAGCAUGUUGGUCAUGUUUUAUUACCAAGAAAAAGCAACCAUUGUUUUGGGGGAAAGAAACUAGACUGGAGAAAUCUCAGGCUUUACAAGACACAAUACUAAAUAAUUUGCUGCAUUUCUCGACAACCAAAUCCAGUUGUCUAGAUCCAAGAACUUCCGAUUAUUGUAAGACCAAUCACAAUCUAUCACGUUCCCACAGGCAACACAUGGACCCCACCCCACCUCAUCUCUGUUUUCUGCCAAUUGCCAAAGACCAUUGGAGGGCAGCCUGGCUUCUUCAGUCCUAAUUCUGAGCUUCUUAUUUUAGUCAUUUUCAUCUAGAAAUAUUCCCCAAUGACCCUGUCUUGAAAAUUUAUAAGUCAUAAGCAGGACUGUGCUGUGCAGAAGUGAUAUAAAUAAUAACCAAAUAAAUUAACCAGACAAGGAAAUGUGACUCGGUUCCAGUCUUAGCCUUUCCCAAGUCAUUUUCAUAUUCUGAUCAUUUAAUGCACACCUCCUCCUCCUCCUGGAGAUCCAGCUGAAACAAGCUCCCAUCCAUUCUCACUUUCUUCAGAUUCUCUGCCUCCAAAAGUCUUCCACCCAAAAUGGAAAGAAUGGCAUCUCUGAUGCCUAUUCUUCUUUACAUUGCACUACUCAUUGCUGCUUGCUCUUCUUCUUCAUCUGAAGCGGCUGCCCCAGCCACUUCUUUCGAAGACAAUUUCGACAUAAUGUGGUCUGAGAACCAUUUUAAAACCUCUGCAGAUGGGGAGAUCUGGUAUCUUUCCCUGGACAAAGAAACAGGUUGCGGGUUUCAGACAAAACAGAAGUACAGAUUUGGAUGGUUCAGCAUGAAGCUCAAGUUGGUUGGAGGUGACUCUGCUGGUGUAGUGACAGCUUAUUAUAUGUGCACAGAAAAUGGAGCAGGGCCAGAGAGGGAUGAGUUAGAUUUUGAGUUCUUGGGAAAUAGGAGCGGGCAACCUUAUCUCAUUCAGACAAAUGUUUACAAGAAUGGAACUGGAGGCCGUGAGAUGAGGCACAUGCUUUGGUUCGACCCCACCGAGGACUUUCAUACCUAUUCAAUUCUUUGGAACAAUCAUCAGAUUGUGUUUUUUGCGGACAAAGUUCCCAUAAGAGUGUUCAAGAACAAUGGGGAAGCAAACAACUUCUUCCCCAAUGAGAAGCCAAUGUACUUGUUCUCCAGCAUAUGGAAUGCAGAUGAGUGGGCAACCAGAGGUGGGCUUGAGAAGACAGACUGGAAGAAAGCCCCAUUUGUGUCCUCUUACAGAGACUUCAAUGUUGAUGGGUGCCAAUGGGAAGACCCUUACCCUGCAUGCGUCUCCACCACAACAAAGAAUUGGUGGGACCAAUAUGAUGCUUGGCACCUCUCUGAUGCUCAGAAAAUGGACUAUGCUUGGAUACAGAGAAAUCUCGUUAUUUAUGAUUAUUGCAAGGAUUCCGAACGCUACCCAACUUUGCCAGUGGAGUGCCCAUUGAGUCCAUGGGAAUGAAUAUAGUAAUGUAAAGUUUUGUAAUCACAAUUUGGGAACACACCAAGAUGUGUUUUUGUAGGUCAUCAUUGUCUUUGGCUAUUGGGUUUUUAUUAAAUUUAUUAAAUCAAUUUUGUUCAAUAAAAGGUUUAAUUUAA